AGCGUCCUCAAAUCCAACGAUUUCUAUUCGCACAGACUCCAACAUAAUUAUGAGACUAUUAAGGCGGAAACAUACUACUAAAACGCGACGCGACGUGUCGUGUCGACACCCGAUGUCCAUCGUGCACAUUACCAACACGCGACACCACGACACGCUUGCAAAUUCAGAAGUCAUUUAGCUGAUUUAUUCCCCGCGCAAUGUGCCAGCAAGUUUAUACCAAUUUGAGAUUCAGAUUCGAGGAAUGUUUGCAGCGCAAUGGUGCACACCUGGAUGAUGUUAUUUUUAAUUUAUAGUCAAUCUGUCCACGCUGGUAACACUAAGAAAAAAUAAAUAAACACAUCUUUUUGACACAUAGCUGUCACGAAAUUUUAAAAUGGCUAAAGAAAAUAGGAAUUUAUACGCAAUUUGCGAUCAUAUACAAAGAACUAAACCAGAUAUUCAGGUUACUGAAGAAAUAGCCAAGGAGAUAGGAAGUAAUUUUCGCACACUACCUGCAUUUGAGAAAGGCCUAUUUGAUUACGUCUAUCGAAGACAUUAUUCCAUUGAAAGGAAUGAAUUGUUAAAGUGCCGUUGGCUACAGUACAAGAAACAUAUUGAAGAUCGCGUCUUCGCGCCAUUUCAGUUUCCCUGUAUACGAGACUUACAUUUUCAAAAUGGCGCCAUUCGAUUUUUACCAUCUGAAUCAAUUUACCGCUACCCUGAACAUAAAAUGAAAUUGAAACCUGGCCCCGGAGUCGACUUCCGUGGACAAAUGCCAAUACCUCAAGAGCUUCUGAUGAAACGGGGUACAACAAAGAAAGAUUGCGUGGUUAAGAAAGAUAGAAAGAAAAAGACUAAAUAAAUGUUUAUUAAAUAUGAA